CCGGCCUGAAGUGUGGCCGAACGCUCAGCCAAUGGAAGGAGACAUUGUGGUAAAAGGGGCGUGGCCAGGGUGGAGCGCCUGCCUGCGCGAACCCACGUGACAGGACCGCCUGCCGCAGGGCUGGCGGCCGCUCGAAGCCCAGCAAGCUGUGUGACUGGAACGUGAGGAGCACGAGCUCGCACUGUCCCAAGUCUCGCGAUACUUCCCAGAUGCGUGGCGAGCAAUUAACUUCGAGUCUGCGUCUGCGCACAGCGCGUCUCGUGCCUUCCCGCGCUUUUUCUAGACGUACUGGACACCUGAGGGAGAGAAGUCGCGCUGCCGCUGCUGUGUCCGAGCUGAAUCAACAUGUCUACUCUGCGGUCACCCUCCCCCCAGUUUCAUGGCUCCUCCCCAGGCAGUGUGCCCUCCCCACUUCAAAAGGCUGUGGGAGGUGCACAGAUGAUGGUGUCUCCUUCUUCUUGUUCAUCCAUUAAUCUGUCCUGGGAUGACAGGGACUCACAGGAUACUACUGAGUGGCCUAGUCCCUCUGUGUCAACUAAUGAAGACAGUGACUUUGAAGACAGCUUGAGACGCAAAGUGAAGAAGAGAGCAGCAAAACGACCACCCAGAACAGCCCCAGUAGCAAAACAUCGUAAGAAGGGGUCUCAAACAGUACGAACAGUGCAUGCUGGUAAUGGCCAAAAAGAGUCAGCGCCACCAGCGAAUGAUCUCUUUGAUGCUGUGAAAGCUGCUAAAAGUGACAUGCAGUCUUUGGUGGAUGAAUGGCUGGACAGCUACAAGCAAGAUGAGAAUGCAGGAUUCUUGGAACUUAUUAACUUUUUCAUCCGAUCCUGUGGAUGUAAAAGCACUGUGACUCCUGAUAUGUUCAAGAAGAUGUCUAACUCUGAGAUCAUCCAGCACCUAACAGAGCAGUUUAAUGAGGAUUCAGGAGACUAUCCCCUGACGGCUCCAGGUCCAUCCUGGAAGAAGUUUCAGGGCAGCUUCUGUGAGUUUGUGAGGACAUUGGUCUACCAGUGCCAGUAUAGCCUCCUCUAUGAUGGCUUUCCCAUGGAUGACCUCAUCUCCCUGCUCAUUGGCCUCUCCGACUCCCAGGUCCGCGCCUUCCGUCAUACUAGCACUCUGGCUGCCAUGAAGCUGAUGACUUCCCUGGUAAGAGUUGCCCUCCAGCUGAGUCUGCACAAAGACAACAAUCAGCGUCAGUAUGAAGCUGAACGACACAAGGGACCGGGGCAGAUGGCACCUGAGCGGCUGGAGAGCCUGCUGGAGAAACGCAAAGAGUUCCAAGAGAAUCAAGAAGAAAUAGAGGGGAUGAUGAAUGCCAUCUUCAGGGGUGUGUUUGUCCAUCGGUACAGGGACAUCCUCCCUGAGAUCCGUGGCAUCUGCAUCGAGGAGCUUGGGUGUUGGAUGCAAAACUACUGUGUGUCUUUUCUUAAUGACAGCUAUUUAAAAUACAUCGGCUGGACCCUUCAUGAUAAGCACAAGGAAGUCCGCCUAAAGUGCCUAAAGGCUCUGGAAGGGCUAUACAGCAACCAGGAGCUGAGCACACGCCUGGAGCUCUUUACCAACCGCUUCAAGGACCGGAUUGUUUCCAUGGUCAUGGACAGAGAGUAUGAUGUGGCAGUGGAGGCCAUCAGGUUGCUGAUUCUUAUUCUGAAGAACAUGGAGGGAGUGCUGACUAAUGCAGACUGUGAGAAAAUCUACUCCAUCGUAUACAUUUCUAACCGUGCAAUGGCCUCUGCUGCAGGGGAGUUUGUGUAUUGGAAGAUCUUCUACCCCGAGUGUGAAGCAAAAACAGUGGGUGGCACAGAACGACACCGGAGUCCACAAGCCCAGAGGACUUUCAUCUAUCUUCUUCUGGCCUUCUUUAUGGAGAGUGAGCAUCACAACCAUGCUGCUUACUUAGUAGACAGCCUGUGGGAUUGUGCAGGGUCUUACCUGAAGGACUGGGAGAGUCUGACAAGCCUGCUGCUGCAGAAGGACCAGAACCUGGGUGAUAUGCAGGAGAGAAUGCUGAUAGAAAUCCUUGUGUCCAGUGCCCGGCAAGCUGCAGAGGGUCACCCGCCAGUGGGACGCAUCACUGGGAAGAAGGGCAUGACCGCCAAAGAACGCAAGCUCCAAGCCAAUGACAGGGUGAAACUAGCCGAGCACCUCAUUCCCCUGCUGCCCCAGCUCGUGGCCAAGUUCUCAGCAGAUGCAGAGAAUGUUGCUCCUCUACUCCAGUUGCUCAGUUACCUUGACCUCAGCAUUUACUGUACUCGGCGCUUGGAAAAGCACCUGGAACUGCUCCUGCAGCAACUCCAGGAGGUGGUGGUGAAGCAUGUGGAGCCUGAGGUGCUUGAGGCCGGAGCCCAAGCCCUCUAUCUGCUCUGUAAGCCAGAGUUCACCUUCUUUAGCCGGGUGGACUUUGCCCGCAGUCAACUAGUGGAUCUUCUGACAGACCGCUUUCAGCAGGGGCUGGAUGAACUGAUGCAGUCAUCCUUAGAUGAGGAUGAAGUAUACAGUCUGACUACCACUCUGAAGCGCCUCUCUGCCUUCUACAAUGCUCAUGACCUGACUCGCUGGGAGAUUGCUGAACCAUGCUACCGACUCCUUCAGAAGGCUGUGGACACAGGAGAGGUUCCUCAUCAGGUGAUUCUGCCAGCCUUGACUCUUGUCUAUUUUUCCAUUCUCUGGACACUAACCCACAUUUCUGAGUCUACUGCUUCUCAAAAGCAGCUGAUGAGUCUGAAGGGCAGAACGGUGGCCUUCUGUGAACUCUGCCAGAGCUGCCUCUCAGAUGUUGAUCCAGAGAUUCAGGAGCAGGCUUUUAUUUUAUUAAGCGAUCUGCUUCUUAUCUUCAGUCCUCAGAUGAUUGUAGGGGGACGGAAUUACCUUAGGCCCCUUGUCCUUUUUCCUGAAGCUACUCUCCAGUCCGAACUAGCCAGCUUCCUCAUGGACCACGUCUUUUUCCAGCCUGGAGAACUGGGCAAUGGUCGUUCCCAAGAGGAUCAUGUCCAGAUAGAGCAGUUGCACCAGCGGCGCCGCCUCCUGGCAGGGUUCUGCAAGCUGCUGCUCUAUGGGGUGCUGGAGCUCAAUGCAGCUUCAGAUGUUUUCAAACACUACAACAAGUUCUAUGAGGACUAUGGUGACAUUAUCAAGGAAACAUUAACUCGAACAAGGCAGAUUGACCGAAGUCAGUGCUCUCGGAUCCUUCUGCUGAGCCUCAAACAGCUAUACACAGAGCUGAUGCAGGAGCAGGGACCCCAGGGCCUGACGGAACUGCCGGCCUUCAUUGAAAUGAGGGACCUGGCCCGGAGGUUUGCCUUGAGCUUUGGACCCCAGCAGCUGCAGAAUCGAGACCUUGUGGUCAUGCUGCAUAAGGAAGGCAUCAAGUUCUCCUUGUCUGAGCUUCCUCCUGCUGGCUCCUCUGGUGAGCCCCCUAAUCUGGCAUUCCUGGAGCUCCUUUCAGAGUUCUCCCCUCGCCUCUUUCAUCAGGACAAACAACUGCUACUCUCUUACCUGGAAAGAUAUCUGAAGCACCGUGUCUCCCAGGCACCCAGCCAUUCCUGGGGUCCAGUCAUCACUUACUGCCACUCCCUCAACCCUCUAGAGACUCCAGCAGAGGCCAGUCCUCAGGGCCACCCCAACUCUAAGAAGAGGCGCCUUGAAGGCCCCAGCAGGCCUCAGGAAGAGGAAGCAUCCUCCCAGGAGGAAAGCCUUCAGCUGAACAGCAGACCACCCACACCUACCCUCACCUCCACAGCGGUGAAGAACAGGCAGUCCCUGGGGCCAGUGGGCAAGAGGCAAGAAAGUGACUCAGAACUGGGGCUGACCUGCCAGCAUUUCUCAGGCACCCAGAGGUUGAAGAUGUCCAGUACACAGUAUUUCCCAAUCAGAUGUGACCCUUCAGGCUCUGGUCUUGGCAAUCAACUAACCAGACUCAGCCUUAUGGAAGAAGAUGGGGAAGAAGAGCUACAACUUCUGGAUCAGUCAUGUGAAUGGCAAAGUAGAGACAAGGUACUUCAUAUCCCUUCUUCCCCCAGUGAGCAUGGGCUGGACCUCUUAGAUACUACAGAGCUGAACAUCGAGGAUUUCUGACCGGACUCUGGGCCCCUCUACUUCUUCAUUCCCCACUUCAAGGCCAUGCAUGAAUAGAAGGAAGGAGUGAAAGGAAGCUUUCCUUUGAGGCCCAGCCCUGGGCUUUGAGGGGAAAGAGAGAUUGCCUUGUUUUUCUAUCUCCCUUUCUUUCUGAUGGUGGGGGUAGGGAAGCCAUGAGAGGCCUGUUGUCCCCAAUACACUAUAUCUCUGCACCUCUUCUGUUUUCAGUGUUUAGAGUCGGGUAGGGGGCUUUACCUCAGCACUGAAAAAGAGCACUACCUGCUUGAGUAAGCCCUUGGCUUCCUAUCUGGGACAUAUUC